GCUGUUUACCCAAAUCAAAUAAAAAAUUAAAAUGGAACUGGAGGGGUCGGAAUUAGGUACAAGGGAAUACUGGGAAACCAGCUAUGCACGAGAAAUUAAAAACUAUAAAAACCAUGGCGAUGUGGGUGAAAUUUGGUUUGACGAAGACUCUCAACAACGAAUUGUCGACUGGCUCUUGAAACAGGAAAAUAUCGACAAGAAAACAGCAUGUGUCCUUGACUUGGGAUGCGGUAAUGGCAUGUUUCUUAUAGCCUUAGCCAACGAAGGCUUCGCACGGUUAACGGGAGUUGACUACUCCCCAAAGGCAAUCGAGCUGGCCAUGGGCAUAGCCAAGGACCAAGCUUUAGACAUAAACUACAAAGUGGCGGACUUAACCCAAAGCGAAUCUCUGGCUCUGGGUACCUACAGCAUCAUUCAUGACAAGGGUACUUACGAUGCUGUCAGUUUGUGCCCCGAUGACCCCAAGGAGAAACGCAACAGCUAUUUAUCCACAGUUUCGAAACUGUUGCAGAAUGAGCAAAGUCUCUUCAUCAUCACCUCCUGCAACUGGACGGAGGAGGAGUUACUGCACAGCUUUGAACAUGUCUUUGUCAAGCAUUGCACUAUACCCACGCCCACGUUCAAAUUCGGAGGCAAGGUGGGCAAUGUAGUGACCUCUGUAGUAUUUAAAAAGAAAUCAAAUUAAAU